GUCAAAAUAAGGACGAAUAUACAAGGAUCAGAGUUGGAGUAAAUGGUAUGCCGCAUCUAAAAAUUUUUCUAUAAAAUAACUACAGAGGCUAAAACUCUACUGAUUCAAUCUGUUACAUGAUGACUAGGAUUUUCCAAAGUUGGUAGGAUUCUUGUCGCAAUAGGACUCCAGAGCAUUGAUGUACAAGUUGUUGCUAUCAAUGACCAUACAAUGACUCUUGAUGAUAUGGUCAAAGGGUGGAAAAGCUCAAAUAUAAGAAUUGCAAAGAAGGAUCAUCAAACAUUGAUCUUUGAGAAAAUGUAUUAUGACAAAGACACUAGUGUGAAUGUGGGUCAGAAAAUUAAGGUUAAUGUUCUGUUAGAACAGAUGGAAGUCACUGUUUUCAGGGAACAAAAUCAAGUUCCUUGGGAACAAGUAAAUGUUGAAUUCGUGGUGGAGUACAAUGCUUUGUUCAAUAAUGAUAAGGUUCAAAUCUCUGGCAAGAAUGAAAGCUUGAAUAAUUGUCUAAGAAAGCUUCCCACGGAGUUGGGUUCUUUUGGAUUGAAUGUGGAUGAAAAAAUCUUAAGCCCUCAUUUCUGCACAGAUGAAGGGGAGAAUUCGAGAAGAGCUUCUAGCUUUUCUAUUAUUACCAAAAGCACAGCUGCAACCCAGGUAGCCAGCCUUACAUUCACAUGA